AUGAGCAAAAGUGCUAAUAAAGCCAAUGAACUAUUAGAGGAAAUGGCCACUAAUAAUUACCAAUGGCCAAGUGAACGAUCAGGCAGUAAUAAAAAGGUUGCAGGGGUUCAUGAAAUAGAUGCAAUCACAGCCUUAACUAAUCAAGUUGCAUCUCUAACUAAGCAGUUGCAACAAAAUACCAUGUAUGCCCAGAGGUUGGAAGACUUUAAGACAGUGGCACUUACUGAAGAGUGCAGUGCAAUUCUCCAAAGGAAGCUUCCACAAAAGCUUCAAGAUCCAGGGAGUUUUACUAUCCCUUGUAUUGUAGGGAAAUUUGAAUGCAAACAUGCUCUUUGUGAUCUUGGAGCAAGUAUCAAUCUCAUGCCUUUAUCUGUAUUUCGGAAGCUUGGUCUUGGUGAGGCAAAGCCUACUACUAUUACUCUUCAACUUGCGGAUCGAUCAAUCAAGCACCUAAGGGGAGUUAUUGAAGAUGUGCUAGUCAACGUAGACAAGUUUAUUUUUCCAACAGAUUUCAUUGUUCUAGACAUGGAGGAGGAUACAAUGGUUCCCAUUAUUCUUGGGAGACCAUUCUUGGCUACCGGGCGAGCCCUCAUUGAUGUGCAAAAGGGUGAGUUGAGGUUGAGAGUUCAAGGGGAAGAAGUGGUCUUUAAUGUUUUUAAGGCCAUGUCUUAUUCAAGAGCAAGUGAUAGUUGCUUUAAUGUUGAUGUGAUUGAUGGGGUGGUUUCAAAAAAGAGGAUUACUAAUGACCCUCUUGAGUUGGCUUUGGCUUUGGGUUAUGAUAAUGAAGAGGAGGAUUGGGAGACUCAUGAGUAUGUGAAAUGGAUCAAUUCUUAUGGUCCAUAUUACAAAAAUAAAUUUGAAGAAUUGGGGCAAGGGUCUGAAAGCCCCAUUCCAUCUAUUGAGAAGCCUCCAAUCCUUGAGUUGAAGUCUUUACCGGAGCAUCUUUGCUAUGUUUACUUGGGGGAGAAAGAAACACUUAUUGUAAUCAUUUCUUCAUCGUUGUCCAAAGGUGAAGUAGAAAAACUUUUGAGGGUUUUGAGGGCUCAUAAACGUGCUAUUGGGUGGACUUUAGCUGAUAUUCAAGGAAUUAGCCCUUCAACGAUUAUGCAUAGAAUUCUUAUGGAAGAAGAUAGCAAACCCUCCAUUGAAGCUCAACGAAGGCUAAAUCCCUCUAUGAAGGAUGUUGUUCGGAAGCAAGUACUUAUUUGGUUGGAUGCUGGGGUGGUCUAUCCCAUUUCUGACAGUGCUUGGGUGAGCCUUGUUCAAGUGGUUUCUAAAAAGGGAGGAAUGACUGUGGUAAAAAGUGAGAACAAUGAACUCAUCCAUACUUGUUACCACCAAAUUGCCAUAGCUCCAGAGGAUCAAGAGAAGACAACAUUCACCUACUCAUAUGGUACUUUUGCUUUCCGAAGGAUGCCUUUCGGUCUUUGUAAUGCACCAGCCACUUUUCAAAGGUGCAUGAUGGCUAUUUUCUCUGACAUGGUAGAUAAAAGUAUUGAGAUUUUUAUGGAUGACUUCUCGAUGUUCGGGUCUGAUUUUGAUGAAUGCUUGGAUCACUUAGAAGCGGUUCUUAUACGUUGUGAAGAAUCAAAUUUGGUACUUAAUUGGGAGAAGUGCCACUUUAUGGUGAUUGUCUUGGGACACAAAAUUUCUAGUAAGGGCAUUGAAGUAGAUCGGGCCAAGAUUUCUACUAUAGAGAAUUUGCCACCUCCAAUUUCAGUUAAAGGAGUGAGGAGUUUUCUUGGGCCAUGCGGGACUCUCAAGGAGAAGCUAAUUUCAGCGCCUAUAGUGUGUGCACCUAAUUGGGACCUGCCAUUCGAGCUUCUGUGCGGCACUAGUGAUUAUGCGGUUGGAGUGGUUCUUGGGCAGCGAGUGGACAAGGGUACCGAGAAUCUUGUGGCAGAUCAUUUGUCUAGGCUGGAAGUUGAGGAAGAUCAAAGUACCAAGAAAGUGCAAAUCAAUGAUUAUUUUCCAGAUGAGCAAUUGUUUGGGGUGAGUGACAAAGCCAAAACACCAUGGUAUGCAGAUUAUGUCAAUUUCCUUGUGGCAAAGGUUAUGCCUCCUGAUAUGUCUAGAGCACAGUUGAAGAAAUUAUACUCAGAGAUCAAACAUUAUUAUUGGGAAGAGCCCAUCCUCUAUAAACAUUGCGCUGACCAAAUAAUUCAUCGUUGUGUACCGGAAGAUGAAAUGAUUUCUAUUCUCAACCACUAUCACACUCUCCACUGUGGGGGUCAUUUUGGUGCUACCAGGACAGCAACAAAGGUAUUGCAAUGUGGUUUCUUUUGGCCUACUUUAUUUAAAGAUGCAAAUACUUUUGUUAAGUAUUGUGAUAGAUGUCAACGCACCGGUAACAUAUCACGAAGAGAUGAGAUGCCACUGAAUGUUAUUUUAGAAGUUGAGUUGUUCGGCGUGUGGGGGAUUGAUUUCAUGGGACCCUUUCCAUCAUCUUACAGUAACAAGUAUAUAUUGCUCGCUGUGGACUAUGUGUCUAAAUGGGUGGAAGCAACGACAACUUCUACGAAUGAUGGUAAAGUGUAUGGCGUACCACAUAGAACUGCGUUGGCCUAUCAUCCACAGCCUAAUGGUCAAGCAAAAUUUUUUAAUAGGGAGGUCAAGAGUAUUCUUGAAAAGACCGUCAAUAGCUCAAGAAAAGAUUGGUCUAAAAAACUUGAUGACGCUAUAUGGGCUUAUAGAACGACCUUUAAGACCCCUAUUGGCAUGUCACCUUAUAGGUUGGUUUUUGGUAAGGCUUGCCAUUUACCAGUGGAAUUAGAACACCGAGCAUAUUGGGCAAUGAGAAUGUUGAAUAUGGAUUUGAAUGCAGCUGGAAAAAAUAGGCUAAUGCAAUUGAAUGAACUUGAUGAGUUUAGGAAUGAAGCCUAUGAGAAUGCCAAGAUUUACAAGGAACGCACCAAGGCAUGGUAG